GGCGCUUCGUAUGAUACCAGGUGGGGUCAUCUUGGGUGACCACCGGGUGACCACCGGGUGACCCGCACUUGAUCGUGUGCUUGUUUAGCUUCUAAUCGGGCGAUGUGAGAUCCGUAUGUGUUUGUGUGCGCAUUUGAAUUUGUAAUUAUUUUCACACUGAUAAUAGCUUCGCCCGAGACGUUCGUUGGCCGUCAGGUGUGGACGAUGCAAAGGAAGUGAUUAGACGGUCGACUGGCCCUGACAAUUACUUGGCUGGGAAGAACGGAGAACUGUGACGUGCGAAGUGGUGCAUCCGUUUGAACUUAAAACUAAAAAAACAGCGCACAGGGCGCCCAAGCGAUGCGGUUUCUAGGAAACGUUCGUUCGUCGGUUAUGCUAAUUGAUCGUUGACAUGGGUACUAGUUUACGCGCGGUGCUUUAUUGCGCCCGGCACAACAACAGCAGUGUCGUUCUGGCCAGUCCAACCCAUCAAAACGAUGGAGCACGAUUUGGGAUACGACCUAGCAGAGGCACUCGAGCGAGAAGAUCUAUCCCGGGAGGAUUUGAAAGCGCUGCGACAGCCACCGAUCGAGGGCGUGCCGGAAACGAUCACCGACAAACAGUUGGCCUGCUUCCUGGAUGCGUGCGAUAAGAACAUCGACGAGACGCGCAAAGUGCUGAAAAUUUACUACGAAGCGCGCAAGAAUGGACCGGAACUGUUUAACAAUCGUGAUCCGCACAGUGCCGCCAUUCAGCAGUGUCUGCAAAAUCAAGACUACUUCCCACUUCCACCCACCCCGAGCGGGUAUUCGGUGGUGUUUCAUCGGUUGAAAAACUCCCGCUCUUCCAACUAUCACUUUGACGAAGCGAUCAAGACGUACUUCAUGACGAUCGACUCCUGCCUGUACACGCAGGGACCGCGGCCGGGCAUCAUCUUCCUGUUCGACAUGAAGAACGUCGGGCUGAUGCAUCUGACCCGCAUCAACAUGAGCUCGGUGCGAAAGUUUUUCCACUACCUGCAGGACGGACUGCCGGCAAAGCUGAAAGCGAUACACGUCAUGAACGUGGUGUCGUUCUUCGAUAAGAUCCUUUACAUCAUAAAACCCUUCAUUCAUGCUGAAAUCCUUAAUGUGCUCUACCUGCACACUUCUAGCGCCAAUUUGGAUUCGUUUUACGAGGAGUGGAUACCGAAGAGUGGGCUACCGUCCGAUCUGGGCGGCGAUAUGAAAUCGAUCGACGAGCUUCACCAGGACCAUCUGAAGGAGUUCGAAAGGCUGAGACCGUACUUCCUCGCCGAGGAGCGUCAACGCAAUGGCGAAGCCGGCAGCUUGAUUGACGAGCCGACGGAUCGUAUGCUUAAGUCCCUAUCGAUAGACUAAUUCUAACGGGCAUGUUAAACCGCUUUAUGUCGUGUACAUCGUUGUGAUAGGAAACCUAUUCUGCACAAAUCGGUCAGAAUUCCAGAGCUGAUUAAGCCAAACUACUACAAAGCGAGGGGUAUUGGGGAGGUUCCACACAUUACUAUUACUACUACCUUGGUGUGCUUUUUUAUACUGUAUUUUUAAGAACCUAUUAUUAUACACUCUCUAUCACUGCUUUAUGCUGUUUAGUAUAAUCAAAAAAUAAAGCAAAAGUUUCAUAGAAAAAAAAACAUGCG